AUAAAAUGUUAUGAUGAGACAAAUUUUUUUUUUUUUGGCGACUGUUAUGGGACAAUUUUUGGGCCGUGGUAAUCAAUAUUCAUCAUGCUAAUCUCUUGUUCAGCUUUUAAUCAUGUUAAUCUCGGCUAAAUUCUAUAUCGAUUUUAUAAUUGUAGUCCUUUACCUCAUUUAUUGAUUAACGUAUAUAUAUUUUUUUAUCUAUUUAUUAUCGGGGUUUAUAAUCAUGAAUUCAUGAUUCAUGACAUUAUUGAGGUUUGGUAAUCAUGAUUCAUCAUGACAUUAUUGGGGUUUAUAAUCACGAUUCAUGACAUUAUCGGGCUAACUUUGACCCGGGAAUCCUACCAGGCUGCAAUGCAUGAAUUCAAUUCCCUCAGUGAUUCCGUGAGUAUAAUCCAAAAACUUUCCAUUUAGUUUACAACAUAACUGAAAUGUAUGUUCUUCCUUCAUUUUUCUUUCAGAGAAAAGAUUCAUAUAUUGCUGAGGCCAACAAAAGGAAUUCUGUGGAAAACAAUGCCUGGCCUGAGAGAGCAAGUAGGAAAUCAGCAAAACCAAGGAAAUCAGCAAGAUCAAGGAGAGACAAGGAUUUUGACAUGGAUAUAUGGGAUAAAGCUAUGGGCAUAUUCAUGAUGUCUUUGAAACAAAAACAUCUCAAGAAUGAUCCUAAAUUCAAUUUCAAAUUUAUUGGGUCUUUCUCUUUGGUGGGUCUGAGAAUGGCAAUGGAGUUAAGAGCGAUUAGAAUGUUGAGCCAUUCAGGGAAUUAUCUUGAGAGCGGCUGCUAUGUAUGCAUUGCUUGUGAAGGAGGAGCUGGAGUACUGGCCAGAACUGAGUACACGGCAGAGGAGUUGGUUAACCAUACCUGAAGCUCUAGAUUGUUGCUGGCACCCAUGGAUGCGACAGGCCCUUGAAGAAGGUUUCAUGAAGUGGCAUGCAAGUAGGACAAGAAGCAGCGAGUAAGAAAAUGAUGUAUUGCCGCACAGAAACUGAGGGAUUUGGUUCAAGAGAUAGAACUAUGUAGCCAAGACAGCUUCUGCCUUCUUGUUUCCUCGCUUCUGGAAGUUGAGUUGCGAAAGAUGGUAAUUGGUGUGCUUCUUGUAGGGUUUUGACAUGGUUGUUUAGAUUUCAUUCUCAGGAUUUCUUUAGGCGUUUUUGUCUCUGAGAAGAGGUUGUUUUUCAUCAUCUUCUUUUUUCAUUUUUGGCUCAACUGAUCUCUUUGACUUGUUUAAAAUUACAGGGAAAAGGCAUGCAUUUGAGCUCUCCCAACUGUUUUUAGAACUGUCUUCUGAUUUCCAUUAGAAACUGUACAUUGUGAAAAAACUAUGGAGAUUAUACACAACUAAUUGUUCUCCU